AUGGGUCCUAAGGAUUUGAAAAAACGCAAAAUUGUUGCUGGGCCUAAAGUUGAAGAGGUCAAUUUCGACAACGAGUCCCGCCAUGAAUACUUGACUGGGUUUCACAAACGCAAGGUGCAACGUGCCAAGCAUGCGCAAGACAAUGCCAUGAAGAGGUACAAGGAGGAGAAGAGAGAAGCAAGAAAAAGGUUCAUUCGAGAGGAUCGCAAAAAAGACUUCGAACAGGCAAUGGCGGAGCAUAAAGCAGUACUCAAGCGCAUGAAGGAGGAUGCUGGAGAUCUCGGCGAAAUGGAAGGCGAGAAAGAGGAGGAAGACUGGGAGGGAUUCGAAGAGCCUCCAGCAGUGGACUACGAAGCCGAAUACAUCGACGAGGACAAAUACACAACAGUCACAGUUGAAGAAAUGGAUGCAUCCCGCGAGGGUCUGCUCAAGGCUGCCAAGGAGGAGGAUGAAGAGGGCGAAGAAAAGAAAACAUACCCAGUUGAGUCGACAGAGGACGCAAAAAAGAAGAGAAAGCCCCGGAGCGCAGCCUCAGAAGCAGCCAGGAAAAAGAAGAGGAACUUCCGCUACGAGACCAAGAUUGAGCGCAAGCAAACAAUGUUAAAACAGCGGGCUGUGAAACAGAAGAGGGCAAAGGCACGAAAGGGUGCAGAGGAAUGA